AGCAGCGAUUCCUCUGAGGCUGGAGUGUAAACCGCGGCACGCUGCGCUCGCCUUUACGCGUGCUGUAGCCUGGAGUCCCACUGAUAAAGUGACGUGAGCGCUUGACGAUGCUAAAUGGCAGGACUUGAAAUAGCCCGUACCUACCAGUCUGCCCUCCCACUUGCUGCGUGUCAGCACUACUGCAGCUCCUCCGCUUUGCUUUUGGAGAGAAUUUUGAACUUAAAAAAUAAAAAGAAUUAUUCAUUUGAAUCUUUUUUGGGGGUGGAUAACUUUUUCGAGAAACUCGUAGCAGGAGGAGAUGGAUAUUGAUCGACCGACUAAUGUCUCCUUUUUCGAUUUCGUCGGAGGAGUCCAGCUCCUCCGGGGAGAGGAUACCCGGACCGCCAUGCCCGUCCUCCUGAUCGGGAUCUGCGUGUCCGGCGCGGUGUGCAACCUGCUGGUGUUGCUGAUCUUCAUCCGCGACUUCAGGAGCGGCAGGGGCUCUGAGGUGAAAGCCCUCCUCGCCUCGCUGGCCUCCACGGACCUGGCCAUCCUGCUGCUGUGCGCGCCCGUGCGCGCGGUCACCUACUACAGACAGACCUGGACCUUGGGGAGCUUCGCGUGCCGUACCACAGACUGGUUCCAGCAUUCGUGCGUGGUCGCGAAAACUUUCAUCCUGGUCGCCACCACCAAAGCCAAGCACACGCUGCUGCCGCGCGCCGCCGCGUCGCAGCCCCUCUACAGCCCCACGUGGAUCCACGGAGCGCUGGGGUUCAUCUGGACGGUGUCCAUGAUGUUCCCCAUCCCGCAGAUGCUCUUCGCCGCCUUGUUGCCGCGCGGCGACGACUUCGUCUGCGUCUCCGAGAUGCCUGUGUGCGCGUCUGACUUCAUGAGUUUGUUCUACAAGAUCUACCCGAGCGUGGCGUUCGUGGCGCCGGUCAUCUUCACGAUCGCGUACUACACCAAAACUCUGUACACCGCCGUGAACCACGCGCCGAGCCCGCGACAUCAGAGCAAGGUGGUGCUGGUUCUGCUGUGCCUGAGCGGCGCCGUGGGGCUCAUGCUGCUGCCCGAGUGGGGGACGUUCACGUGGAUCAGACUGGGCUACAACAGACCCCCGGCGGGGCUGAUGAUGUUCGCGCAGGUCCUCCUUUACGCGUGCAGCGCCCUGUCCCCGGUCGUCCUGAUGACCAUGUACGACGACGUGCGCCAAGGACUGGUCGCGAUCUGGUUCGUCGCGACGUGCAGGAGCGACAAGCGCGCACCCGAGGUGAAGUGCCCGCAGACCGAGGGGAACGGGGCGGAGGUCGCGGCGAACGCGGUGGGCAACGCCGUCUCACAGACGAAGGAGGCGACGUUCCCCGACGUGGAGCACUUCUGGACGGGGCGCCGGAACACGCACGUGGAGGACGAACACGAUCCAGUUCCGUGGGAGAAAGAGGAGAAGAUGCUGUAAUGAACUUUUUAUUGUUUGUUUGCUUUUUAGCAGGAGAUUUUCAGUUUGUUGUUGGCUGCUUUAUAGUACGUCCACUUAGACCUUUGCUAAAGGUGGCCUGUUCGGUAUCGUGAGCAUGAUUAGAUGUAAUAUAAACUUGUACACUAUCAUGGUUUGCUGUUAUACAGAGCCGGCCCAAGGCAUCGCAAACUGAGCAGCUGGUUAUGGGCCUCCACGCCAGCAGGGGAACUAGAGAGCAGUAGAAUUGUCACAAAAGUUUUAGAGUAAGGUUUUGUUUUGCACGUUUACAUUUGGGAUUCACAAUGUUUAAAAUGUUGUUUGUUAAUUAGUGUAGUCUUUAAAAA